UGGAGAAAUCUUGUAAAAUGUUCUAUCAACUGAAACACCAACUAGGGAUUCGACCCCUUUUCAUACUUCUAACAACACUUGUGGUAGUAACGUGCGCCAAGGAGGUAGAGAAUAUGCCACUGGAAAAAUCACUUGAAUCAGACUUAAAUUUAAGUCGCUCUGGAUUUUACGUGCUGUGGACAAAGCUGGUGGUCACUGCUCCUGGGAAUCAACGACAGUCGGUUGUGACAAAGAAUUUUGAAGUGGUGAAAGUGCCCACUAGGGAGGAUAUUUUUUCACUUAGCACUGAGCGUCAAAGGUUACUGAAUAUCGCAGCUAAAGCUGAAUUGGAGAAUAAUUUAAUUUGCGCUAUAUUCACAUUCCUAAAGAUUUUACUGAUUUUGGAUAUUCUCAUACUGAUUGGUGUGGUGUUUGCGAUAAUUCUCGGCGGCUUUCGGAAUUCGGAGGAGUCAGCUACGGACCAAAUAGUUAAGGUGUAA